AUGAUGACUGACUAUGGAAUGGAUGUUGAAGCAAUACCAUACACUGCACCUUCAGGAGAGGAGGGGAUGGAACUGAGUCAUGCCAGUGGGGAGCAUGAGGCAUUUGAGGGACUCGCUGGUCAAAUAGCGGAUCUUAGUGGCCAUCGCUAUAUUGAUCCCCGCACUCGGGAGGACCACACAGAAAGCCAAACGAAUCACUGGCACCUUCAAAUAGACCUGCUCGUGGAUGCUUACCUGGACUACCGUUUCCAUGAUUCUGGAGACAGCUUACCAACCUUUGACGACAUGUCUGCGGAGCCACUUCUAGACGAUUCUUCUGGUGUUUCACUAACUAACAUAGAACUAAUUGACCUUUUCAGUACCCACUCUUCACCGCAAUCGCAUCCCUUCCACAGAUACCCCAAUGAGACCUUAAUCUACCAUGGGUACAUUGGGUGCGCACCACUAUAUCCCACAGCUGCCAUAUUGCUGCGCACUCUUGCCACAUACCGUCAAAUCCAUCGAUCAUGUCCCUGA